ACGGGCCCGUUAAACAUAAAAUCGCCCCCACGAACUUUCUCUUCUCACUCUCCCUUCACAUCAUAUUUUCGCACCUCUCUGGCUAAACCCUACUUCUCGUAGGUGGUGCAAUUGUUCGUUUCCAGCAUUGGAUUUUUGUACCUAUAAUUCUUUCAAUUCAAUUAGUUUUGAAAUCGCCUCAAUAUAUGUUGCGAAUUGCACGGUGAUGGCUUCCGCGGCGAAUUUCAAGCCCGCCGAUUACACGAGCUUGUGCUCCAUAUUUGUAAGCGAGACGGUGAACGGGUCUCACCGAUUCACCGUACAGGGUUACUCUUUGGCUAAAGGGAUGGGCGUGGGGAAGUACAUAAUGAGCGACACUUUCACGGUGGGUGGGUACGAAUGGGCGAUUUACUUCUACCCCGACGGUAAAAAUCCAGAGGAUAACUCUAUGUACGUGUCGGUUUUCAUUGCGCUGGCGAGCGACGGCGUGGACGUGAGGGCGUUGUUCGAGCUGUCGAUGCUGGACCAGAGCGGAAACGGAAACAACAAGGUGCACAGCCACUUCCUACGCGCGCUGGAGAGCGGGCCGUACACGCUUAAAUACAGAGGCAGCAUGUGGGGAUACAAACGAUUUUUUAGAAGAAAUCUUUUAGAAGCUUCUGAUUAUUUAAAGGAUGAUUGCCUUGUCAUGUACUGCAAGGUUGGAGUUGUCAGAAAUCAUCUUGAGUGCCCAAAAUUUCGUACCAUUUCUGUACCACCAUCGGAUAUGGGUCGAGGUUUUAAAGACUUGCUAGUAUCUAAAGUCGGUUGCGAUGUAGUUUUUCAGGUCGGCAAUGAAAUGUUCAAAGCUCAUAAGUUGAUACUUGCUGCUCGUUCUCCUGUAUUUAGAGCUCAGUUUUUUGGACUUGUUGGGAAUCCUAACAUAGAUAAACUAGUCAUAAAGGACAUUGAUGCCUUCAUCUUCAAGGCGAUGCUUCUCUUUAUCUACACAGACAAACUUCCCGAUGUAGAUGAAGUUGAGAGCACGACAACUAUUUGCUCGUCCACUGUCAUGGUGCAGCAUCUGUUGGCUGCUGCUGACCUAUAUAAUCUGGAUCGACUGAAAUUAUUAUGUGAAUCAGAACUGUGUAAAGCAAUUAAUAUCGACACAGUGGCAACAAUACUUGCCCUAGCCGAGCAACACCACUGUCCACAGCUUAAGGCCAUCUGUUUAAAGUUCACAGCCAAUCCAGAAAACUUGGGAGCGGUAAUGAAGUCUGAAGCAUUCAGGCACUUGGAGGAGAGCUGCCCGACGUUGUUGUCAGAGCUGCUGGCAACAUUUGCAUUGAUGGACGAUAAUUCAAAUUCUCUAUCAAAUCGGAAGAGGAGUAGCAGCAGCACGUUCGGGAUGGAUCUAGCAGCAGAUGGGGGAGCUGAAGCAGAAUCGGCUAAUCCUAAUGGCCGGCGCCUAAGGAGGCGAUUAUAGUCUGUAGUUACAUGUAGGUGCCUUUAGAAACAGUAAGCCUGAAAGUUGUCCCAUAAAGAGAAUCCUAGUUAUGCAUAACGUUCCAGUCAUUCAUCGUGUUCCAUUUAGUUAGUCAGCCCCUAUACAAAGUUCAUGCGUUCUUUCCAAAGUUUGAAAUCUCUCUCUAGCCACCACUUUUAUCAAGUAAAUUAGUUUGGGUGCAUUUGAACAUUUCCCGCAAA